CGCCGAGUGUACCGUGUGUCCUUUGCCAUCGGCUUGAAGUGGCUCAGCGCACACUUAUUACGAGUUUUAUUUUCGGUCGUCGGUAAGGAAUACAUACUAACAAACGGCACUGGGAGUUGCUUCGUAAAACGAGGCAGUGUCUCGCUAAAAUGAUGGAGAUCGAAUUGCCUAAAACGCAUCCAAGUCAACAGGACAUGGACCUCAUCGACAUCCUGUGGCGGCAGGACAUAGACCUGGGAGCAGGCAGGGAGGUGUUCGACCUUAGCUACAGGCAGAAGGAGGUGCAGCUGCAACGACAGAGGGAGCUGGAGGAGGAGAAGAGACAACAGAGGGUGAAGGAGCAGGAGAAGGUUCUGCUCUCUCAGCUGCAGCUCGAUGAAGAAACGGGGGAGUUCGUGCCCCGGGCCACACCCACCACCAGUGCCCUGCCACAAGCCUGUGCAGCGCCUGCAGAGAUCCCGCAGAAUGUGCCGUUUACGCAGGAAGAUGGAGAUGCCAUGUCGUUCGAUGAGUGCAUGCAGCUGCUGGCAGAGACAUUUCCCUUAGUAGAGCCAGCAGAGUCUGCUCCCCCCUGCUUGGGUCCUUCCAUUCCUCCCUCCACAGACAGCACCCAAAUCAUGAUGCCUGGAGAAAUACCCAUGCUUACCCAGAAUCCCCUGCUGCCAGGCCCUUUGGACCAGACCUGGAUGGAUCUGCAACACUGCUUGAACCUUCAGGAAAUGCUGGACAUGACAGGAUACAUCAGCGCAGCCCCAGCUGCUGAUGUACAGGAGACAAAUUACAGCCAGUAUAUGCCAGACCUGGCUGACAUCACCAGUAACACUACCGACAUGUGCCCUCCAGAGUACAUCAACACCUACGAUGGGGCUUUUAGCAGCGUGGUGCCUCCUGACCUUAAUCAGAUGAGUCUAAAAACCACAGAUAUAAACAAAACCUUCGAACCGGACGAGUUCUGUGACAUGUUCUACCCUGACCUGGAGGCUAAAGUGAGCAGUGGCUCAGUGUUGCAUGAAGAGGAACGCACGGUUGUCCACCUGGACGAACUGUCGAACGACGGCCUGCUCAAGCCCAUGGACCUACACAGCCUCUCUCCGGGGGACAUCAGUAUGGGGAAGCCCGAAGCCGUGGCAGAAUUCCCAGAUUCGGACUCCGGUCUGUCCCUGGACGCCAGUCCGAAAACGAGCUCUCCCGGGAAGUCGCCAUGCGGAGAAGGCUCCUUCGGAUUCAGUGACUCCGACAUGGACGAGAUGGAAGGCAGCCCGGGGAGCACCGAGUCGGAUUACAUUGAGAUGUUCCCGCUGCUGGAGCCGAGCGACGGCCCCCAGCCACCUGGCGCGGAGCCGCCCCCUGCGGGCCAGUCGCCGGAAGGUGCGGCCAGGCAGCCGAAGACGGAGCCGGCUGAGGCCAGCGGCUACUCCAAGCCGCCCUUCACCAAAGACAAGCAAAAAAGGCGCGCGGAGGCGCGGCUGUCGCGCGACGAGCAGCGUGCCAAGGCCCUGCGCAUCCCCUUUUCCGUGGACGCCAUCAUCAACCUGCCGGUGGACGACUUCAACGAGAUGAUGUCCAAGCACCAGCUGGACGAGCCGCAGCUGGCGCUCGUCCGCGACAUACGCCGGCGUGGCAAGAACAAGGUGGCGGCGCAGAACUGCCGCAAGCGCAAGAUGGAGAACAUCAUGGGCCUAGAGUGCGAGCUGGACUCGCUGAAGGAGGAGAAGGUGCGCCUGGUGCGGGAGAAGAGCGAGAACAGCGCCAGCCUGCGCCAGCUGAAGAAGCAGCUCAGCUCCCUCUACCUGGAGGUGUUCGGCAUGCUGAAGGACGAGCAGGGGAGGCCCUACUCCCCCAGCGACUACUCCCUCCAGCACACCUCCGACGGCAGCGUCUUCCUGGUCCCCCGCAUCAAAAAGACUCUCGUCAAGAGCAACUAGCACUUAUUCUGCUCGCUCUCCUCCUCCUUGGUACUGCAUUUUCUUUAGCUAAAUACUAUGCAAAGGAAGACAAAAAAAACAACAAAAAAAAACUUUGUAGGUAUUUUUGCUUAAGCGUUAGCAGUAAAGAUGGCAGAACUAUUAUAUAGUUUUUGCUUAUUCUACUUUCUUAAUAUUCUUAAUGUCUGUUAUAUUUUGUACUUCUUUAUAUUUUAUCUGAGAUUGUUUUAUCUAUAUGGUUUGUAAAUACAUUUAUACUUUAUUUGCUAUUGAAAUAUCAGACAAUGUACUGUGUAUAUGUUUUAGAAGGCUAUUAAUUGUGUUGCAAUCACUGGCACUCAAGUCUGUUUUUAUAUCUUAAUUUACAGCUCUGUUGCGAUUUUAUCUUCUGACUUCAUGCUUUAUAAAAAAAUAAACCAUUCAUUUAAUCAGGUGA